UCUUUUCUAUUUCCUUCAUCGUCUCUCUCCAUAGUUACUCUCAAGUCUUACGUUGUUGCUCCACGUCAUCCCAGAAAGCUUGCUCCUUCUGCUGUUCCAACCACACUCACCAUGUCCAUCUCCUUUCUCUUCACCCUCAUCGUCACCUCUGCCCUGUGUAUUCUUUCUGCAUCUGCUCAUCUCCAGAGAUUUCCACACUCAUCUAAACAUGGUGCUUCUCUUAGCUUCUUGGUGGUCGGUGACUGGGGCAGAAGAGGCUCUUACAACCAAUCACAAGUCGCUUUUCAGAUGGGAAAGGUGGGAGAGAAAUACGAUGUAGACUUUGUAGUUUCCACUGGGGACAAUUUCUAUGACAAUGGACUAAUCAGUGAACACGACAACGCGUUUGAAGAGUCGUUUACCAAAAUUUACACAGCAAAAAGCCUGCAAAAGCGGUGGUAUAGCGUGUUAGGCAACCACGACUACAGGGGUGAUGCAGAAGCCCAACUCAGCCCAGUCCUUAGAAAAAUGGAUAGUAGAUGGCUCUGCCUGAGAUCAUUUAUUGUAGAUUCAGAGCUGGUUGAGAUUUUCUUUGUAGACACGACUCCUUUUGUUCAAGAGUACUUCACUGAACCAAAGGAACACAAGUACGAUUGGCGUGGCAUUGGACCACAGAAACCUUAUGUUAACAACUUACUCAAGGACCUAGAAUUGGCACUGGGGGAAUCAACUGCAAAAUGGAAGAUUGUUGUCGGUCACCAUGCCAUUAGAAGUGUUGGGCAUCACGGUGAUACUCAAGAACUUGUAGAGAAGCUGCUCCCGAUCCUUCAGGCAAAUAAUAUUGACUUCUACAUUAAUGGGCAUGAUCAUUGUCUUCAACACAUCAGUGACACAGAAAGCCCCAUUCAGUUCCUGACUAGCGGGGCAGGGUCAAAGGCUUGGAGAGGAGACAUUAAACAAACGAAUCUAAGAGGCCUAAAUUUCUUCUAUGAUGGACAAGGCUUCAUGUCCGUCAAAUUCACUCAGACCGAUGCCACCUUUGAGUUCUAUGAUGUUUUUGGCAACGUUUUGCACAGACUGGCUUCUUCAAAACAGCUACAUUCUUCCACGUAAAGUUCAGAGCCACACUUUUGACGUUGAGAUUCUAAAACGAAGACCGACCCAAAUUGGUUGAGAUCAAAUUCAAAACCAAUCCUUGAUGUCAUGCUUUAGUAUAACAGAAAUGAAAAUAUGAUGUCUGAACUCCAACUUUUCCAUUGUGAUUCAUCAGAGACGGACUCGUAAAAUUUAAGGGCUUUCACUCCAACAUUAACAAUCAAUAAUAUAAUAAUUGAAUUGUUAUCAGGAA